UUUUGUUCAGUAAAAGUAUUUUUACUGUAUACUCUAAUUAUACACACAAAUUAUUAAUCAAGUUAUCAGGCAACCCUACGCUGCUGAAAGGCGGAACUGAAUUUCCCCGCUCAGGGUUUCUGUUGGAAGAAUUGAGGGGACGGACGCAGAGGAACAUCAUGGAGGGAGAUUUGAGUAGUUUCAUGUAACGUUAACAGCAACUUUGGAAAUAUCAGUACAGACUCACAAUGGAGCACGAUAAAGACAUCCAGACGACGCAAAGAGGAUUUCACUGUAACCUCUGCAUCGUUAAUAUACCCAACAAGCCAAGUCUGGAAGACCAUGUCAAAGGAAAGAAACACCAACAUCUCCUACGUCUCAGAGCUCAGCGUAAAUCUCAGGAGGAGAACAGCGUGUUUGUGAGCGGCUUCAAACCAGACACAUCUCAGACGGAUCUGAAGGAGUAUUUCACACAGUUUGGACCAGUGUCUGAUGUGAUCAUGGACAAGCAGAAGGGCGUCUAUGCUAUAGUUGAGUUCGCCGAGCCGCAGAACGCUCAGGCAGUUCUGGCACAACUAGAGCAUCAGCUCAAUGGUCUCAAGCUCCGUGUCAAGGCCAGAGAGAGGAAAGAGUUCAAACUGGCCAGCAGGGGGAAACAAGACUCCAAAAACACCCAGAUCAGCCUGGACAAACUCAACUAUGAGCUCUGCAAGGCUACAUCUGUCAACGAGCAGACGCAGAAGGUGGUGGAGAGUUUCGAGUUGAAAGAGAAUGAGAAGAAAGUGAGAGAUCUUCUAGUUCAGCUGCUACAGGAAGUCUUCACAGAAUUCUUUCCAGAUUGCCAGAUUGUGCCUUUUGGCUCCUCUGUGAACACAUUUGGGAUUCACUCCUGUGACCUUGAUCUGUUCCUCGACCUUGAGAACACCAAAGUAUUUCAAGCUCGUGCCAAGUCUUCUGAAGCGCAGACAGGAGAAAAUCAGUCUGAGGAUUGCCAUUCUGAAGACUCCAUUUUGUCUGACAUUGACCUGUCCACUGCUACUCCUGCUGAAGUUUUGGAGCUGGUUGCUGCCAUUUUGAGGAAGUGCGUUCCAGGCGUGCACAAAGUCCAGACGCUCAGCACUGCUCGGCUUCCUGUGGUCAAGUUCAGUCAUCGAGAGCUCAACCUCCAUGGAGACAUCACCAUCAACAACAGAUUGGCUGUAAGAAACACUCGAUUUCUUCAGUUGUGUUCGGGCAUUGACUCCAGACUGCGACCCUUAGUCUACACCAUCCGAUUAUGGGCCAAGCAGAAACAAUUAGCGGGGAACCUUUCCGGUCCUGGGCCAUUGUUGAACAAUUACGCUCUUACACUCCUGGUGAUCUUCUACCUUCAGAAUCGAGACCCUCCUGUGCUUCCUUCUGUGAACCAGCUCAAAAACAUGGCCUGUGAGGAAGAAGAGUGUGUUAUUGAGGAAUGGGAUUGUACAUUUCCUAGUCAGCCAUUUAUUGUACCAUCUAGCAAAAACACUGAAGAUCUCUGCACUUUGCUUUUUGGAUUCUUCAUCUUCUACUCAAAGUUUGAUUUCUCUGCAUCAGUGGUGUCUCUACGAGACGGCCAUGUAUUGCCCAUCACAGACUUCCUUCGAAGUAACGAGGAAGAGGUAGACACCACAGAGGCCUCUGGUCCCAAACCAAAGCGCUCAUCUACCCCUAGACUGGGGCCUAUGAAUGUCCUGGAUCCAUUUGAGCUAAACCACAAUGUGGCUGGGAACCUUAAUGAACGAACGCAGAAGAACUUCAAGCGAGAAUGCUGUGAGGCUGAGAAAUACUGCCGUAGUUUGCAGUAUCAGCGCAAAUCAACCAAGGGCAAAUCCUGGGGACUCGUGCGGCUCUUUGCACCACUGAGUGAAGCCGGACCACGUGCACAGGUCGAGACUGAGAAGAUUAUGGCAGUUAGCAUUCCCUUUAAGGCAGCAGUUCUCCCAGAAUCCUUGCGUGCCCAACUGGCAUUGGCUGGGAAGGGUUUUAGAGGUCUUUGGUUUGCAAAAAUCUGCUCUGCUGUGCACACGGUGUUUCAUGACAUUUUACAAUGUUCACCUUUAGUGGAAACUCAAACUGUAGUUGCAACAACUCAAAGCAAAGCAGACACAGAUGAAAAUGAAAUGGAGGUGAAUAAUAAUAAGAGUGUAGAAGAUUCUGGUGUUCAAGUCAAAGGUGAAACUGGUAAGAAGAGGCCUCUUACGGUAGAGGAUGAGGGUCCUUCGACUUCCACCAUUAUAGAAACUAAAAGACAGAGACUAGAUGUUGAAAUGGAGCACCCAGAGCCGGUUCACUGGACUUGGACUCAAAGGAACCGCGUUUGGGCAGGCCGACGGAAAGUACGGCGAGAUCUCUUGAAGACUAGUGAUGAGACUUCCAAACCUGAAGGAGGAUGCGUUGACAUUGAGAGUAGGGUGACUCAGAGCAUCGUGGAGAAAGAGGAGAAACUGCAAGAUUUGCUGGAAUUCAAAGUGGAUGCUGAGGUUGUUGGAGGGAACGAAAGCACCAAGGUUGUCCUCCGGUUUCACCCCAGCCAUGAUUCCACAGGCGUCUUUCAAGACUUCUUCCAUUUUCUGGAGUCCUUCCUGCCUAAGAUGGCAGAAACAAUUCUUGGGAGGGCAGGGUCAUAAUUUUUUUUUUUUUUUCAAAAUUUAAUUUGUGUGAAAUCUGCAUAAACUACUUUCAAACUGAGCUUAGAGGACUACCUUUCUAAGGGGAAAAAUAUUUUAGUGAAUUAUGUUUUGGGAAUAUAACAAUAUAUUUUGCUUAUAGAAUGGCCUGAGUUAAAAUUUAAUUCCUGUAUGAAUUAGGUUUUGUUUGUUUUGUUUUUUUUGUUGUUGUUUUUUUCCCUCAUCAUUUAGGCAUGUUUGCCUCUCCAUAAUGUAAAUAUAAUGAAUGUGAACAUUCACAUUAAAG